AUGGCGAGCUGCAAAGCAAGUUUUGUGUCGAUCUUGAACAACGACGACAACCCGGCCUUCACAGUCCGCUCAGCCCCCGGGCUAUCUAAAAAUCAAGCCACUUCGCCAUAUCCUUACCACUACGCACCCCAACAGUCGAUCCCGGCUCCAGAGUUCCGCUACCAUCAUGCAUAUGUGAAUUCUCCCUCAGUAUCACCUGGCCUGGCACGGCUCCCAUUCGACCCCGUGCCCGAACCCGUGCAGCCCACCUCUCCCGGCUCCUCGGACUGCUCCUACGACUACAUGAGCAGCACCAGUGUUCGAUCCCACUAUCACCUUGGCCGCCAGGAUACGAAUGCCUAUCGCCCGCUCUCUGAAAAGCGCAUCAGCGGCAGCUCUGUUACUGAGCCUCCAUCGCCCCAGCCUUCUGUCGGCAGUAACAAGGAAUCUAUGGCUGCCAAAUCCGGAGUCCGGAAGAACAAGUACCCUUGUCCUUUUGCUGCCAGCCACGGCUGCUCUGCGACGUUUACGACAUCCGGCCACGCCGCCCGCCACGGAAAGAAGCACACAGGGGAGAAGAGCGUCCACUGCCCCAUCUGCAACAAGGCAUUCACCCGGAAAGACAACAUGAAGCAGCACAUUCGCACGCACCGCACCCAUUCCGAGGAUAUGCCUACGGCCAUGACGACGGAUCGGGAUAGCGAUGGCAGCAGUAGCUGGUCGACCCGGAGGAGCAACACAUCGGCGUAUGACCACCAGCGCUCCGUCAGCGGGACACAGAUGGACGGGCCCUCGUAUGAUAGUGGUUCAACCCUGAACCCGAUCUCCACAAGUCGGGCGUAUGAGCCGAUGUCCUCACGAGUAUGA